AACAGUACAAAGAAAAGUUAUUUAUAGAAACUGGACGUUUUUAUCGCCAGCGUUGAAGUGGUGAUGUGUUUACAAAGAUUUGUCAAAUAUGAUAUGCUAUGAAAUAUGUUACUGUAUAAAGUAUCUUGAUUUCAUUAGAUUUUCAUAGAGUUUUUGAUUUAGGCUAGUGUGAUAAUGGGUAACUCGCUGUUUAAACGUUUGUUUGGGAAGAAGGAAGUACGAAUACUCUUCAUGGGUCUUGACGCGGCAGGAAAAACAACUACACUUUAUACAUUAAAACUUGGUGAAGUCGUAACAACAAUUCCUACCAUUGGAUUUAAUGUUGAGACAUUACACUUUAAAAAUGUGGAUAUUACAGCUUGGGACGUCGGUGGAAGGGAUAAAAUUCGUCCUCUUUACAGACAUUAUUAUCAAAACACACAGGGACUUGUGUAUGUACUUGACAGCAACGACACAGAGAGACUGAAUGAUGCUCUAGAAGAGUUAUUCACCGUACUUAAAGAAGACGAAUUGAGAGAAAUCCCUGUACUUGUUCUGGCUAACAAACAAGACCUGCCGAGUGCCCUGAAACCGGAGGAGAUUAUACAUAAGCUACAAGAUGAAAAAUGCAUGCAUGAUAGACAAUGGAAGGUUUUCGGCGUUUGCGCCAUUGACAAAAAGGAUAAUGGUCUUUACGAAGCACUUGAUUGGUUAUCAAAUGAAAUGGUGACAAAGGAGAAAAACAGGGUAGCAUCCGGUCUAUUGUAUGGAGCGGACACUGACAAGAAGAAUGAAAAAGCGGGUGAAAAGUCUGCGAAAGAUUCGAAACCGUUCUAUACAGGUUUUGUUGAAUCGCUUAAAAAGAUGAUAAUGUAAACAACUUUAGAUCAGUUGUACUAUUAUCACAUACUGCAGCUGAACUAACGUGUGUAAAUUUGAAGUUAAAAAUGACACAGUAAUAAGCGAUAUGGAACAGUCUGUUCACGCCCUAAGGCAGACUUAUGCAUAGAUAUAUAAAAAUGGUAUAAGUAACAAAGGGACGAUACUUCUAGUGAUAAUAAACAAAAAAGAACAGGUCAGUCAGUCCAAGAUUUUAAAACUAUUUGACUAACCAUCAAUACGCUGCAGACAUGAUGACGGACGGUAGCAGUUUUACAUAUCCUUUGGGCAUGAUUGUGCUCAUAAAUGUUUUUAAAAAGUUGAAAGAAAUUAAUGAUCGAUUAAGCCAAUGUUGUGUAAUUACCUAAAAUGCAAUGGGGCUGAAUUGUUGUAUUUGAAUCAUUCCAUAUUUUCACGAAAAAUGUUUCUGUUUAAACUAUAUACGUUGUUAUUUUCUAUUUUUCUACUUAUUUAUUUAUUUAUAUUUUUUUUUUUUGUAAAUUGUUGUUGCUUAUAGUCAAAAGUUGUUUAUCUUUGCACAUAUGAAAAUAAACAUUUCGAAGUGCAA